CCGGCCGUGUCCCAUCCCCAGGAUCGCCGUCUCCACGAGCUGCGCGGCUGCGUGAAGGAGGGGGGAGGGAGGAGAGAGGGGCGGGGGCCUGCGCGCGCGCACGCCGUGGCGACUUCGCCUGCCAUCUCCCCGUCAUCCAGUGGAGGAGGAGGAGGAGGUGGUCGUCGUUGUUGUUGUUGUCAGCAGGUCUCGUGCGAGCAGCACGACCGACGAUGUCGGUGACGACGCUGGCGACGAUGUCGAGAUUCCUGCUGAGCUCCCUCGUGCUGCUCACGGCCGUGGCACGCGCUCCGUGCUUACGCGCCGCCUCUUCCUCCUCUUCCUCCUCGUCCUCCUCCUCGUCAUCAUCGCUGCUCGUCGACGCAACGCAGACGCAGUCCGCUUUCGGCUGCCCGCCGUGCUCGACCGAGACGCUGUCGCGCUGCCCCACGGCGCCCCCGUGGUGCCCCGAGCUGGCGCGGGAGCCGGGCUGCGGGUGCUGCGCGGUGUGCGCGGCGCGCCAGGGCGAGGCGUGCGGGGUGUACACACCGCGCUGCGGCAUGGGUCUCCGCUGCUACCCGCGGCCCGGCGAGGAGAGACCCCUGCACUCGCUGGUGCGUGGACGCGGCAUCUGCACCAGCAGCGCCAAGCGCGAGGCGAACAACACGGACAAGGACGAGGAGGCUUCGUCCGCGGACGUCGCGAGCAACGUCGACGGUGCAGGAGCCCCCCCUGCAGCAGGACCCGCGCAACCCCAGCCGCUGCCCCUGCCGGCGCGGACCUCGCAUCCCGACGACGGCAAGUCCGUGGCGGUGCAUCGGGAGCGCGUGCAGAAGCAGGGCCAGGAGCGCCGCCGCAUGCACAACGGCAGCAGGGAGGGCGGUGGACGCAGCCUCCCCCAACAGCAGCAGCAGCAGCAAGCCGGCAGGCAGCACGCGAACUUUCGGCCAAACGCCCUGCCGGAGGGCAGCGCCAACCCGCGGCACGUGAAGCCCUGGGGGAGGCACGGCCCGUGCCUGCAGGAGCUCGAGGCGGUGGUGGAGAAGAUCGAGCGGCUGCAGCGGCGCUCGCGCGAGGAGCGCGUCCCACUGGAGGAGCUCUACCUCCUCUACAUCCCCAACUGCAGCCGCGACGGCCUCUACCACGCCAAGCAGUGCCGCACGUCGCUGAGCGGGCAGCGAGGCGAGUGCUGGUGCGUGCACGCGGACACGGGCGUGCACGCGCCUGGCUCGCCCGUCGUGCGCGGCGACCUCGACUGCGCCGCGCGGCGCGGACCCGAGACGCCCAACCGCAAGUGACGCUUCGGAGUGGGGGUGCACGACCCCCCCCCCCCCCGCGCCCCCUCGGGUCUCCUCCCUCGACGGCGGUCGUUGUCGCUGCAGGCCACGAGCGGGGGUUGCGAGACGGUGGGGGGCAGGGUGGGGGACACUUGUUGACGUGAAGAGAUGAGGGGCGAUGGCUUAUUGUGCGGAGAGAGAGGGUUGCGGAGUUCGAAUGCUCGUUGUUGCGUUGCCUCGGCUCUCCGUGCCUCCCUCCGGGCCGCUCCGUGGGGAAUCGAACGGCGGUUGCGCUACGCGUAGACUCGCUCGCUACGCUGCCAGAGAAAUGUGACAUCUCAACUUACUGGGCUCGGGGCUGAUGGAUACACGGAGCAGGAUCCGGAGUUCAGCAACACCGGAUAUGGUGCAGAUAGAAAUACAGCCCCCCCCCCCCAGUAGGCUCCCAGCCCCCCC